AUGAUCAACGACAUGACAAAUGUGGAUGACGAGCACCUCCAGCACCAGUUUCACAGAAUCUAUAUCCACCGCUAUGAGAAUGUCAGGUAAGGCUGUGGCUAUUUUGGCUUAAAUUUGUGUUUUUAAACAUUAUGGGAAUAGGUAAAACCAUCAUUAUGGUUGAGUUUUGGUGUGCAUCCCAAAUGGCACCCUAUUCCCUAUUUAGUACCCUACUUUUGACUAGACCUCUUAAGGAAAAGUGUGCCACUUGGGAUACAACAAGCUAUUUUGUAUUUGUAUUUUGUAUUUAUUAGGGAUCCCCAUUAGCUGCUGCCAAGGUAGCAGCUACUCUUCCUGGGGUCCAAACACAUUAAGGCACUUACAUUACAUAUAAAACAAAAGAUAAAACGGUACAUCAUAAAACAUUAUUACACCACUACAUACAGUGGCUAGCAAAAGUAUUCAUCCCCCUUGGCAUUUUUCCUAUUUUGUUGCCUUACAACCAGGAAAUGAAAAUUGAUUUUUUGGGGGUUUGUAUCAUUUGAUUUACACAACAUGCCUACCACUUUGAAGAUGCAAAAUAUAUUUUAUUGUGAAACAAACAAGAAAUAAGUUAAAAAAUAAAGUAAAAUAAAAGAACUUGAGUGUGCAUAACUAUUCAUCGCCCCAAAGUCAAUACUUUGUAGAGCCACCUUUUGUAGCAAUUACAGCUGCAAGUCUCUUGGGCUAUGUCUCUAUAACCUUGGCACAUCAAGCCACUGGGUUUUGUGCCCAUUCUUCAAGGCAAAACUGCUCCAGCUCCUUCAAGUUGGAUGGGUUCCGCUGGUGUACAGCAAUCUUUAAGUCAUAACACAGAUUCUCAAUUGGAUUGAGGUCUGGGCUUUGACUAGACCGUUUCAAGACAUUUUAAUGUUUCCCCUUAAACCACUCAAGUGUUGCUUUAGCAGUAUGUCCUGCUAGAAGGUGAACCUCCGUCCCAGUCUCAAAUCUCUGGAAGACGGAAACAGGUUUCCCUCAAGAAUUUCCCUGUAUUUAGCGCCAUCCAUCAUUCCUUCAAUUCUGACCAGUUUCCCAGUCCCUGCCAAUGAAAAACAUCCCCACAGCAUGAUGCUGCCACCAACAUGCUUCACUGUGGGGAUGUUGUUCUCUGGGUGAUGAGAGGUGUUGGGUUUGCACCAGACAUAGCGUUUUCCUUGAUAGCCAAAAAGCUCAAUUUUAGUCUCAUCUGACCAGAGUACCUUCUUCCAUAUGUUUGGGGAGUCUCCCACAUGGCUUUUGGCGAACACCAAACGUGUUUGCUUAUUUUUUUCUUUAAGCAAUGGCUUUUUUAUGGCCACUCUUCCGUAAAGACCAGCUCUGUGGAGUAUACAGCUUAAGGUGGUCCUAUGGACAUAUACUCCAAUCUCCGCUGUGGAACUUUGCAGCUCCUUCAGGGUUAUCUUUGGUCUCUUUGUUGCCUCUCUGAUUAAUGCCUGGUCCGUGAGUUUUGGUGUGCGGCCCUCUCUUGGCAGGUUUGUUGUGGUGCCAUAUUCUUUCUAUUUUUUUAUAAUUUAUUUAAUGGUGCUCCGUGGGAUGUUCAAAGUUUUGGAUAUUGUUUUAUAACCCAAUCCUGAUCUGUACUUCUCCACAACUUUGUCCCUGACCUGUUUGGAGAGCUCCAUGGUCUUCAUGUGCCGCUUGCUUGGUGGUGCUCCUUGCUUAGUGGUGUUGCAGACUCUGGGGCCUUUCAGAACAUGUGUAUAUAUACUGAGAUCAUGUGACACUUAGAUUGCACACAGGUGGACUUUAUUUAACUAAUUAUGUUACUUCUGAAGGUAAUUGGUUGCACCAGAUCUUAUUUAGGGUCUUCAUAGCAAAGGGGGUGAAUACAUUUGCACGCACAACUUUUCCGUUAUUUAUUUUGUAUAAAUACGUUUUUUUCAUUCACUUCACCAAUUUGGACUAUUGUGUGUAUGUCCAUUACAUGAAAUCCAAAUAAAAAUCAAUUUAAAUUACAGGUUGUAAUGCAACAAAAUAGGAAAACGUCAAGGGGGAUGAAUAUUUUUGCAAGGCACUGUAUCUACAAUGCAAAAUGUACAAUACCACCAUAGAACAAUAUUGCAAUGUACGUGUGUGUAGAGUGCAUGUUCUAGCGCUUGUGUGUGUUUGCAUGUGGCUGUACCUUUUGUGUGAGUCUCUUCACAGUCCCCGCUGUUCCAUGUAGUCAUGGCUCUAUGUAGUACUGUGGGCCUCCCAUAGUCUGUUCUGGACUUGGGGAUUGUAAAGAGACCUCUGGUGUCAUGUCUUGUGGGGUAUGCAUGGGUGUCCGAGCUUAAACAGACAGCACGGGAAAAUUCAGCUAGUCAACACUUCUUACAAAAGCAAAUAGUGAGUCCGUCUCACUUCCACUUUAUGCCAUGUUAGCUCCCCAUGUACUUUUAAGGGCCAGCCGUGCUGCCCUGUUCUGAGCCAAUUGUAAUUUUCCUAAGUCCAUCUUUGUGGCACCUGACCACACGACUGAACAGUAGUCCAGGUGCGACAAAACUUGGGCCUGUAGGAUCUGCCUUGUUGAAAGUAUUGUUAAGGCAGAGUAGCGCUUUAUUAUGGACAGACUUCUCCCCAUCUCAGCUACUGUUGUAUCAAUAUGUUUUGACCAUGACGGCUUACAAUCCAGGGUUACUCCAAGCAGUUUAGUCACCUCAACUUGCUCCAUUUCCACAUUAUUCAUUAAAAAUAUUUAGUUGAGGUUUAGGGUUUAGUGAAUGAUUUGUCCCAAAUACAAUGCUUUUCGUUUUAGAAAUAUUUAGGACUAACUUAUUUCUUGCCUCCCAUUCUGAAACUAACUGUUGUUAAGUGUUGCAGUCAUUUCAGUCACUGUAGUAGAUGAUUUGUAUAGUGUUGAGUCAUCCGCAUAGAUAGACACACUGGCUUUACUCAAAGCCAGUGGCAUGUCUUUAGUAAAGAUUUUAAAAAGUAAGCGGCCUAGACAGCUGCCCUUGGGAAUUCCUGAUUCUAUCUGGAUUAUGUUGGAGAGGUUCAUCCUUGUGGAAGUCUAAGACUGUCCUUAGGGACUGUGAUGACAAUUGAAUGUCAGACGAGAAGGCCAUUUUGGAUCAAACUUAAUUUCUUCAAAAUCUUCAUUCAAAUGUGUUAUUGCGACGCCCACCGCAUGUGCCCAACGAUGCAUCUCUUCCAGACAAACUCAAUGCAUUUCCUGCACGCUUCGACAAUAACAACACCGUACCGUGCAUGAGGGCCCCCAACAACCCAGAGGACUGGGUGAUCUCGCUCUCCGAGGUCGACGGGAGUGAGGACUUUAAUCAUGUCAACACUAGCAAGGCCGCGGGGCCGGACGGUAUUCCAUGGUGCAUUCUCAGAGCAUGUGCAUAUCAGCUGGCAGUCAUAUUCACUGUAAUUUUCAACCUCUCCUUGUCCCAAUCUGUAAUCCACACAUGUUUUAAGAUUACUACCGUCAUUCCUGUUCCCAAGAACUCUGUCUUCAUUUUGCAAACCGCCCCAUCAGAUCCAUAGACGACGCAAUCUCAAUUGCACCCACCUAGAUAAAAUGAAUACCUAUGUGAGAAUGCUGUUCAUUGACUACAGCUCAGCGUUCAAAACCAUCGUCACCAAAUUUAGGAUCCUGUCACUGAACACCUCCUUCUGCAACUGGAUCCUGGACUUCCUGACAGGCCUACCCCAGGUGGUGUGGGUAGGACAACAUCACCUCCUCCACACUGACCCUCAACACAGGAGCCCCACAGGGCUGUGUGGUUAGUCCCCACCUGUACUCUCUGACUCCAACACCAUCAUCAAAUUUGCUGACGACACAGAGUUGGUAGGACUGAUCACCGGCGACGAUGAGACAGCCUACAGGGAGGAGGUCAACGACAGUGCCUUUUCCCCCUCAGGAGGUUGAAAAGGUUUGGCAUGGGCCCUCAAAUCCUCAAAAAGUUGUACAGCUGCACCAUUGAGAGCAUUUUGACUGGCUGCAUCACUGCUUGGUGUGGCAAUAGCACUGCCUUCGAUCGCAUGGCACUACAGAGGGUGGUACUAACAGCCCAGUACAUCACUGGGGCCGAGCUCCCUGCCAUCCAGGACCUCUAUAUCAGGCGGUGUGAAAAGAAAGCCUGGAAAAUAAGACUAUAGCCACCCAAGCAACAUGUUCUCUUUGCUUCCGCACAACAAGCGGUACUGGUACAUCAAGUCUCACACCAACAGUCUCCUGAACAGCUUCUAUCCCCAAGCCAUAAGACUGUUAAAUAGCUAACAGAAUGGCUACACGGACUAUCUGAGUUGACCCUUGUACUUCAUUUUCAUUUUUGUACGGUGUAUGCACACUCACAUGACUCUACACACUCACACACACUGACACAGAUAACCAUUUUCAAGUCAUGCCAUAGAUUUUUAAGCAGAUUUAAGUCAAAACUGUAACUCGGCCACUCAGGAACAUUCACUGUCUUCUUGGUAAGCAACUCCAAGGUAGAUUUGGCCUUAUGUUUUAGGUUAUUGUCCUGCUGAAGUGUGAAUUCAUCUCCCAGUGUCUGGUGGAAUGCAGACUAAACCAGGUUUUCCUAUAGAAUUUUGCCUGUGCUUAGCUCCAUUCCGUUUCGUUUUUAUCCUAAAACACUCCCCAGUUUACAAGAUUACAAGCAUACCCAUAACAUGAUGCAGCCACCACUAUGCUUGAAAAUAUGGAGAGUUGUACUCAUUAAUGUGUUGUAUUGGAUUUGUCCACAAAAUAACACUUUGUAGGUCAGUGACAAAAAAAUCUCAAUUUAAUCCAUUUUAAAUACAGGCUGUAACAAAAAAGUCAAGGGGUGUGAAUACUUUCUGAAGGCACUGUACAGUAUCUACAUCUAUCAUUCCAGUAUCCCUGCACAUUGUAAAUAUGGUAUUGGAACUGAACUAUAGCUUCUUACUUUCUCUUGUUCUUCUUAUUUCUUAAUUUUAUUUCUCAUUUUUGCUCUACCUUACGUUAUUUGUAGUGCUACAUUGAUAUUGAUUACUGCAUUGUUGGGUUGGGAGCUUGCAAGAAUGGCAUUUCUCAGAACUUGUGCAUGUGACAUUAAAACUUGAAACUUUCACUCACAAUUUACGUAGAAAUAGAUGCCAUUAAAUAAGGACAUAAUUUUGGAGAACUGCAGAAUCUCAUUGCCAAAACUCUAACAUAAACGAUAAUAAUGAAUGGUAAGGUUUUGAACAUUGUAAGGUCUACGCCUUCUGCUCAUGUCCAGAACAACAGUUGUAAAUACAAAUAGAGUUAUGAUUAACCAACCACCCUAAUAUCACCAGGUUACUUCAUGGUAAGAGUACAACAUUGUCGCAUGUGUAUCAAUAACACAUUUUAUACUUAAGGAAGAAAAUUAUUUCCUUAUAGUUUUGGACCUUGUCUGUGUGUGAAUCUUAAAUGCUCUGGGCCCUGACUUUGUCAAAUGAUUUAAAGUGGAACCGACAGCGUUUUAGCAACAUUACAUCUUAUUAGAAUCUGUUUAUAUACACCCCCAGGUGUAAGCGAGCACUUAGAUAUGGUCAUUUUCACAUUUUCAUGAAUUCAUAGAAUUGUUGUGAAUGAAGUAUAAUAAGGCAUUUGUGAAAAUUCUAUAGCAAUAUACAGUGGGAAAGCGGCCAUGUGUUUGGAUAAUUAAUAGACACUGCAGUAAAUAAAACCUAAUAAAAACAUCUGUCUUGUCCAGGACUGGAGUCUACGCAGACCGGUGUGCCAUAGCCAAUCAGAGCUACAGUAGGCCUAUAUGCAAAUAAGCCAUUUGCCACACAGGCCUGCUAUCAUUCACUUUGAACUGGAUUGCUUGUUUACAGUCAGUAGCAACAGUGCGACUUUAGAUUAUUAGAAUGCACUCGCUAAAAGCCACAAAGUACGCCUGAAUGGAUUUCUGCAAAUAUGUAAAUACCAUGGGAGUCCUCUUACAUUUUGGAACUUCAUAGUCCUAUUGAUCAAACAACUAUGAAAAGGUAGGCUAUUUCUCCCUCAGUUCAGUUGCCUAUGCACUUCAACAACAAUAACAUCAACAACUAAUGCUAGCCAGAGCGAGAUGAGCUAAAAUCUAAUGAGGGAACAUUAGAUAAACACUCUCAAACUUUUUUAGCUAGUUGGCAGUAAAAAUUGCACUGAUAAACAAUGGGGAAUAGUAGCCUGCUCGUCCUUCUGCAGCUAGCCUGCCAAUGCAUACUUGUCCUAACCCACGUUUUGACAACUAAAUGGGAAAUUGCCUUCCUGUCCGCCUAAAAUACAUUUCAUUGACAACUAAGAGUUAUGCUAAAUGUGGAUAACAGUCGUUCAAGCAUCUCUAGCUGUAGCCAUCUAAAAACGAUAUGAGGGGGAAAAGUCGGUCACUCACCCACUCCUCCAAUGACAUGACAUCCUUCCAGCAGCUAGCUAACUAGCUAACGUUAGGCUCUGUGUUUUUAGCUUGCUAAAUAAAUAGCUAGCUACAUAAAUAGAUACGCUAGCCCAGUGGUGUCAAACUUAAUCAGCACACGGGCCAUAUUGAAAAAACACAACGAAUUUGCGGACCAGACAUUUGAUUUGUUUUUAUAAGAAUAACUUGCAACUGCAACCCAAACUGGCCAUUAUUUAUUUGAAGUUCAUUUAUGUCCACUUAUGUACAUAGGAUGCUGUAUAUAGCAUUUUAACAUAUUAAAACUAAAAUAAUAUUUGUCCAGCCUUUGCUGCUAUGCUUGCAGAUGUGCAUAGACGAUGCGACCCUACUCAGAAAGUUUUUAAUAACUCCAAAUAACAAAAAUGUAACUAAAGGUUGUUGUAACAUUUAAACUUAAAACAAGUUUUUCAUUUUUUUUUGCACUGCAUGGAUCACCAGUGCAGUUGAAUGCAGCAUUGCUGUGUGGUGCACUCAAAAUGUACAGUAGACUACUGCUCAAAUGUUGCUAUAAUAGGCCUACAUGUUUUUCCUUUGCAUGGUGUUUUGUUUUAUGGUUAUUCAUUGUCAAGCUUUAAAACCCGUAGCCAGACUACAACAUUUUAGCAGCCUAGUUAGGACUGUGGCAUGCAUCUGUACACUUUCCCUCCGCUGCGCGUUGUAAACGGGACACACAAAAGCAGCGCAAUUGAAGUUGAAUUCAUCGAUGCAAGCGCAUCAGGCUGUAAUGUCAUAAAGUAGAUGACUCAACUGUUGACUCAUUUAUACUUGCUUGUGUGUCCUAUUCGGCCCGCGAGCCUUGUGUUUGACACGUGCGCUAGCCUAUUAGCCACGUUACGACUACCUUGUGUUCAUUGCCCAUGCUACUUUGAUUGUAUUGACAUUUCCAGCCUUAGUUACAGUCGUCCAUUUUGAAAUGCAUCCAUCUAUUCUGCCAAGAAUGCCUUACUGUACGUCAUGGAAUUUUGAGUCAAAUAUAACCUAUUUUUAAAACCUCUUAUAAAGUUGAGAAUUUUUGACUGAUAUGAUUGUCUAUUUUUUUCAUAUCUGCAAAGUACACCAAAAUAUAUAUAAACGCAACAUGCAACAAUUUCAAGAUUUUACUGAGUUACAGUUCAUAUAAGGAAAUCAGUCAAUUGAAAUAAAAACACUCUUCACGGUAUCUCUGUGCAUUCAAAUUGCCAUCGAUAAAAUGUAAUUGUGUUCGUUGUCCGUAGCUUAUGCCUGCCCAUACCAUAACCCCACUGCCACCAUGCGGCACUCUGUUCACAACGUUGACAUCAACUAACCACUUGCCCACACAAUGCCAUACUGUCUGUCAUACCCUGUCUGCCAUCUGCCCGGCACAGUUGAAACCGUGAUUCCUCCAUGAAGAACCCACUUCUCCAGCAUGCCAGUGGCCAUCGCAGGAGAGCAUUUGCACACUGAAAUCGUUUACGACGCCAAACUGCAGUCAGAUCAAGACCCUGGUGAGGACGACGAGCACGCAGAUGAGCUUCCCUGAGACGGUUUCUGACAGUUUGACAAUAAAUUAUUUGGUUGUGCAAACCCACAGUUUCAUCAGCUGUCCGGUUGGCUGGUCUCAGACGAUCCUGCAGGUAAAGAAGCCGGAUGUGGAGGUCCUGGGCUGGCGUGGUUACGCUAAAACGACGUUGACGGCGGCUUAUGGUAGAGAAAUUAACAUUCAAUUCUCUGGCAACAGCUCUGGUGGACAUUCCUGCGGUCAGCAUGUCAACUGCACACUCCCUCAAAACUUGAAACAUCUGUGGCAUUGUGUUGUGUGACAAAACUGCACAUUUUAGUGGCCUUUUAUUGUCCCCAGCACAAGGUACACCUGUGUAAUGAUCAUGCUCUUUAAUCAGCUUCUUGAUAUGCCUCACCUGUCAGGUGGAUGGAUUAUCUUGGCAAAGGCAAAAAUGCUUUCUAACAGGGAUGUAAACAAAUUUGUGAACAACAUUUGAGAGAAAUAAGCUUUUUGUGCAUAUUGAAAAUGUAUUUCAGCUCAUGAAACAUGGGAUCAACAUUUUACCUGUUGUGUUUAUAUUUUUGUUCAGUAUAGUUAAAAUGCUGUCAGUUCCACUUUAAUCCAGGUCAAAAUGCUCAUGUGUUGUCUCAAUUAUGUUACCAUGUUAGAUUUAGUCCCCCUUCAUUUUUUAAUAGAAGCAGAAAGGUAAUAUCUCAACCCUAUCAAUCAUAUAAACAUGGUAUCAUAUAAAUGUGAUCUUGGUUGUAGUUUAUAAUGUGGUAUCAUUUACAUUUACAUUUUAGUCAUUUAGCAGACGCUCUUAUCCAGAGCGACUUACAGUUAAUGCAAUCAGUCAUAGUAAGUACAUUUUUCCUCAAUAAAGUAGCUAUCAGCAAAGUCAGUGCUGGGGGGGAAAAAGUCAAGUGUGAGUGUUAGUUCAUGAAAGGCUGUCACGAUCGCCAAUAAAGUAGGACCAAAGCGCAGCGUUGGGAGUGAACAUGAUGACUUUAAUGUUGAAAUAACGACAAAACAAAACACGAUCCGUAACGUCCUCAGUACACCGACUGAACAUAGAACAAAAACCCACAACUAACACAAGAAAACCUACAUCUUAAAUAUGGCUCCCAAUCAGAGAUAACGAGCCGACAGCUGACACUCGUUACCUCCGAUUGGGAGUCAUUGAAUACAAACAAGGAAACACAACCACAACCUAGAAAUAGACACAACAGAACUCCCCACCUAGAAAUAAACGUGACAGACAUGCAACCAUAAAACAUCACCCAAAACCCAACAAAACAACAUACACCCUGGCUCAAAUACACAAGUCCUGGAGCCAGAGUGUGACAGUACCCCCCCCUAAAGGUGCGAACUCCGGGCGCACCAGCAUACAGUCUAGGGGAGGGUCUGGGUGGGCGUCUGUCCAUGGUGGCGGUUCUGCCCCUGGUCGUGGUCCCCAUCCCACCUUAGUCACCACCCGCUUCCCUAGCCUCCUCCACAUUACCACCCCCCAACUACACCCCACUGGGUUAAGGGGCGGCACCGGACUAAGGGGCAGCACCGGACUACGGGGAAGUACCGGACUAAGGGGCAGUACCGGACUAAGGGGCAGUACCAGGCUGAAUGGCGGAUACUGGCUGGACGGCUCUGGUGGCUCCUGGCUGGUCGGCUCUGGCGGAUCCUGGCUGGACGGCUCUGGCGGAUCCCGGCUGGACGGCUCUGGCGGAUCCCGGCUGGACGGCUCUGGCGGAUCCCGGCUGGACGGCUCUGGCGGAUCCCGGCUGGACAGCUCUGGCGGAUCCCGGCUGGACGGCUCUGGCGGAUCCUGGCUGGACGGCUCUGGCGGAUCCUGGCUGGACGGCUCUGGCGGAUCCUGGCUGGACGGCUCAUGGCUGGCUGAUGGAUCUGGCUGCUCAUGGCUGGCUGACGGAUCUGGCUGCUCAUGGCUGGCUGACGGAUCUGGCUGCUCAUGGCUGGCUGACGGAUCUGGCUGCUCAUGGCUGGCUGACGGAUCUGGCUGCUCAUGGCUGGCUGACGGAUCUGGCUGCUCAUGGCUGGCUGACGGAUCUGGCUGCUCAUGGCCGGCUGACGGAUCUGGCUGCUCAUGGCUGGACGGCUCUGGCGGAUCCUGGCUGGCGGAAGGCUCUGGCUGAUCCUGUCUGGCAGAAGGCUCUGGCUGAUCCUGUCUGGCGGAAGGCUCUGGCUGAUCCCGUCUGGCGGAAGGCUCUGGCUGAUCCUGUCUGGCGGACGGCUCUGGCUGGACAGGGCUGACGACGCACCCCGUAGGCUCGGGGCGUUGAGCAGGGACAGGCAGAACCGCACUGGGGACACACACCCCUGGCCCUACACGGGGAUCAGGAACGGGCCGGACCGGACUGGAAACACCCCCCAGUACCUCUCGCCGUGCCUCCACACUUUCCAUCCCCUUCGUAACCAGUGGCCCCCUUAAACUGGCGGCCAUAUCUGCCAACCUCUUGCACUCCUCCGGGCCGUACACCUUCUGCCCCGACGUCGUGAGCCCCCCCCUAAAAAUUUUCUGGGGGUCUCUCCUCUCGGUGGACCAGGCCUCCAUAGUCCUCUCCCAACCUUCACUCUUCUGGCUCCACCACCCGUUAUCCAACUGCUGCUUGGUCUCGUUGUGGUGGGUUUUUCUGUCACGAUCGCCAAUAAAGUAGGACCAAAGCGCAGCGUUGGGAGUGAACAUGAUGACUUUAAUGUUGAAAUAACGACAAAACAAAACACGAUCCGUAACGUCCUCAGUACACCGACUGAACAUAGAACAAAAACCCACAACUAACACAAGAAAACCUACAUCUUAAAUAUGGCUCCCAAUCAGAGAUAACGAGCCGACAGCUGACACUCGUUACCUCCGAUUGGGAGUCAUUGAAUACAAACAAGGAAACACAACCACAACCUAGAAAUAGACACAACAGAACUCCCCACCUAGAAAUAAACGUGACAGACAUGCAACCAUAAAACAUCACCCAAAACCCAACAAAACAACAUACACCCUGGCUCAAAUACACAAGUCCUGGAGCCAGAGUGUGACAAAGGCAUAAAUAUGUAUUAUUUUUUACGGGGGAGGGGUGAGGAGGUGGUGCGGGGGGGGGGGGGGGGGGGGGUACUUUGGGAUUAUUUAAAAUACUCUAUGAAGAGGUAGAGUUUUAGAUAUUUUCGGAAGAUGGGCAGGGACUCUGCUGUCCUAGCUUCAGGGGGAAACUGGCUCCACCAUUGGGGUGCCAGGACAGAGAAGAGCUUUUUACUUGGUUGAGCGGGAGCUGCUCUCCCAUACAGUGAGGGAAAAAAGUAUUUGAUCCCCUGCUGAUUUUGUACAUUUGCCCACUGACAAAGACAUGAUCAGUCUAUCAUUUUAAUGGUAGGUUUAUUUGAACAGUGAGAGACAGAAUAACAACAAAAAAAUCCAGAAAAACGCAUGUCAAAAAUGUUAUAAAUUGAUUUGCAUUUUAAUGAGGGAAAUAACUAUUUGACCCCUCUGCAAAACAUGACUUAGUACUUGGUGGCAAAAACCCUUGUUGGCAAUCACAGAGGUCAGACGUUUCUUGUAGUUGGCCACAAGGUUUGCACACAUCUCAGGAGGGAUUUGUCCCACUCCUCUUUGCAGAUCUUCUCCAAGUCAUUAAGGUUUCGAGCCUGAUGUUUGGCAACUCGAACCUUCAGCUCCCUCCACAGAUUUUCUAUGGGAUUAAGGUCUGGAGACUGGCUAGGCCACUCCAGGACCUUAAUGUGCUUCUUCUUGAGCCACUCCUUUGUUGCCUUGGCCGUGUGUUUUGGGUCAUUGUCAUGCUGGAAUACCCAUCCACGACCCAUUUUCAAUGCCCUGGCUGAGGGAAGGAGGUUCUCACCCAAGAUUUGACGGUACAUGGCCCUGUCCAUCGUCCCUUUUAUGCGGUGAAGUUGUCCUGUCCCCUUAGUAGAAAAACACCCCCAAAGCAUAAUGUUUCCACCUCCAUGUUUGACGGUGGGGAUGGUGUUGUUGGGGUGAUAGGCAGCAUUCCUCCUCCUCCAAACACAGCGAGUUGAGUUGAUGCCACAGAGCUCGAUUUUGGUCUCAUCUGACCACAACACUUUCACCUAGUUCUCCUCUGAAUCAUUCAGAUGUUCAUUGGCAAACUUCAGACGGGCCUGUAUAUGUGCUUUCUUGAGCAGGGGUACCUUGUGGGCGCUGCAGGAUUUCAGUCCUUCACGGCGUAGUGUGUUACCAAUUGUUUUCUUGGUGACUAUGGUCCCAGCUGCCUUGAGAUCAUUGACAAGAUCCUCCCGUGUAGUUCUGGGCUGAUUCCUUACCGUUCUCAUGAUCAUUGCAACUCCACGAGGUGAGAUCUUGCAUGGAGCCCCAGGCCGAGGGAGAUUGACAGUUAUUUUGUGUUUCUUCCAUUUGCAAAUAAUCGCACCAACUGUAGUCACCUUCUCACCAAGCUGCUAGGCGAUGGUCUUGUAGCCCAUUCCAGCCUUGUGUAGGUCUACAUUCUUGUCCCUGACAUCCUUGAAGAGCUCUUUGGUCUUGGCCAUGGUGGAGAGUUUGGAAUCUGAUUGAUUGAUUGCUUCUGUGGACAGGUGACUUUUAUACAGGUAACAAACUGAGAUUCGGAGCAGUCCCCUUAAGAGUGUGCUCCUAAUCUCAGCUCGUUACCUGUAUAAAAGACACCUGGGAGUCAGAAAUCUUUCUGAUUGAGAGGGGGUCAAAUACUUAUUUCCCUCAUAAAAAUGGAAAUCAAUGUAUAACAUUUUUGACAUGCGUUUUUCUGGAUUUUUUUGUUGUUAUUCUGUCUCUCACUGUUGAAAUAAACCUACCAUUAAAAUUAUAGACUGAUCAUUUCUUUGUCAGUGGGCAAACGAACAAAAUCAGCAGGGGAUCAAAUACUUUUUUCCCUCACUGUAAGGGUGGGAGGGCCAAGAGACCAGAGGUGGCAGAACGGAGUACUCAGGUUGGGGUGUAGGGUUUGAGCAUAGCCUAGAGGUAGGGAGAGGCAGAGAUUCCAUUUAGAUUUGUCUUAAAGUUUUAUCCAAAAGCAAGUAGGGACCACAUCUGGGGAACAGAAUAUGGAUUAUUUUGAUCUGGAUUUUAAAAAAAUGAAAACCUGUAACCUGUUGACUAUUUUCUCACUAAAUUGUCUGUAGAUGUUGAAGUGUAAUGGUGACAUUAAUGUGACUUCUCCAUAUAUUCUACAGCAUUCUUUUCGCAGACGUUAAAGGAUUCACAAACCUCUCGACGACGCUAUCGGCACAAGAGUUGGUGCGGAUGUUGAACGAGCUCUUUGCACGCUUCGACCGUCUAGCCCAUGUGAGUUUACUUUAUGCAUAUGCAGUAGAAUGCAAAUGAAGGAAUACUCUCGGGUUCCAAUUUAUAUGUAUAGCAUGAAUUAAUGACAGCCUUGCAGGUACGGUUCUAUGCAAUUAUAGAAAUAGGUUUUGCACUUCUGGCUAAGGUUUAAUUUUCCAGCUUCAGAGCUGUCAUUAAUGAUAAAAAUACAGUGUAGAAAGCUUUUUAAUGGAACAUGCUAUGCUUUCAAAAGGUAAUACCUGUAAUUAAGUCCAAUGACUGGAUUGAAAAGCAGGUCAGAUAGAGUGCAGCUUAAUGGCCAAGCGUAAUGUUUACGUGAAUGCCUUUGUUAUUUUAACUUAAUUCAGGACAUGAAUUCAGAAUUGAGUCAAUGUCCUUGUGCAUGACGCACAGAGUCUGCAUGGCUUAUAAUGUCUCUUUAUUAUAAAGUCAAAAUUGUUGUCCAGACAUUUCUGGUGCAAGACAAAACAACAUGCUCAUUGCCGUGAACAAAUGCAUGCAUUAUCAUAGAAUCAUGUACGAUUCUAUGAUAAUUCAUGCAUUCUCAGUGAGCAAGAGGUAUUGAUCAAAUCAAGAUCAUUCUGAGUUUCCCAUGGAUUCUAGUCUAACCCCAUUGUCUGUCUGUCUAUCUCUCUCUCUCUUCUAGGAGCACCAUUGUCUGAGGAUUAAGAUCUUGGGAGACUGCUACUACUGUGUGUCCGGUCUUCCUGAACCUCGACAGGACCACGCUCAUUGCUGUGUAGAGAUGGGCCUCAGCAUGAUUAAGACAAUCAGGUUUUAAAAAAUCCCCACUUUUAGGCCUUUCUACAGUUAGGCUGUGCUUCUUUCAGGCCAUACUUGUUGAUGUUAUUAGUUUCCGGUUGUCAGAGAGAGCGAGAGAGAGGAAAGAAAGAAAUGGAGAGGGAGAUAUGCACGUGUGUGUACAGUAUGUGUCCGCAUGUGUGUGCGUGUGUCCGUGUGUGUGUGUGUGUGUGUUUGAGAGUGAGCUUAGCAACUAGAAUGAAUCAGCCAACCGUCCUUUUAUAGAAUGGAGAGCCAACAAGAGGCAGGUCGCCUGCUAAGAGCCUCUUGGCUAAUGGCCCCUUUACUGCAGCAUCAGUGCCACUGUGGUGACACUGUUAAGUGGCCCACUUUCACCAAGGCUGCGUCCCAAUUGGCACCCUAUUCCCUACAUAGGGCUCUGGUCAAAAGUAGUGCACUGUAUAGGGAAUAGGGUGCCAUUUGGGACGCACACCCAAGCAUUUUCAAACUCUGUCAGCAGCCACAGCUGCAACAAUUUCAUCAGUGUCUAUGGCAGGCUGACCUUCGAAACCUAUUGACUUUAUGCACCUGGGCUGAAUCUUCUUGAUCGCCUGUCAGCUCACAUUCAUCAUAGUUAUUAUUAGGCAUGAAAUUUGAUGAAAUGAGACUUGCCAGAUUGGAAUUGUUUGGAAAUAUAUAUUGUUAUUUUUACCCUGUGGUGGAAACUGUAAAUAUUAGUAAUGCAUUAAUGUACAAUUAUAUGGCGUAUUAAAUAAUAAACAAAGAUAUUAGAAUGUAAGAUAAUGCUGGACAAGUUGACUGUGUUAUUGUUGACUUUAUUCAGUUUUAUCACCAGAUUAAUGUAUACAACAUAAAAUGGGACUAUUUCUUGGUGAAUUUUGGAACGCUGAAUGAAUUAUCUUAUUUUUUCCAUUGUUCAUUUGAAAUAAUAUAGUUUCAGUCAGUCAUUGUGCUAAAUCAAAUUGUUUGCAAAAAAUAUAUAUACAUGCUAAAUACAGGAAAUUUACCCACAACACAAUUAAAAAGAUCAGAGAUAAAUAGUUUUGCAGUUUGUUGUUUUUCUGUAAAGUGUGUUGUGACUUUGUUAAAUGCACCUCUGAAUCAGUUGUGAUUUGAUUAUAUAGGAUAAUACUGUCUUUAUAGUCUACUGGAAAAGUUAACAGUAAAGAAGGUACACAAAUAAAUAGAUACCAUAUUGUUUAUUUCCCCCCUCUAGAUAUGUAAGAUCACGCACAAAGCAUGACAUCGACAUGCGAAUCGGGAUCCAUUCGGGCUCGGUCCUGUGUGGGGUGCUGGGACUGAGGAAGUGGCAGUUUGAUGUGUGGUCGUGGGACGUGGACAUCGCCAACAAGCUGGAGUCAGGGGGGAUCCCUGGGUGAGUUGACAACUAUGAAAGUAUUAUAUCAAAUUUGCAUUUUAAAUUGAAUUUCGAUAGCUAUACACUUCCAUAGACAUCAGCCAUUCCAUGACCACAGAAGAGAAUGGCCUACAAAAGGAGUUUCUCUCUAUAAUUCCAUAUGAUACAAUAUACGUUAUUGUCCAUUUACAUAAAUUCAUUUUGUGAAAUCAACAUACAAAUACACAAACACAACACAUAUAUUACAUGCAGUACGGAAAACUGUAAAGUUAGUACACAAGUCACACAUUAAAAUGUUCACAUAUUCAAAGUCUCUGCUGCCUAUUGUCCGACGAUGUAUUAGGCCUGUAUCAUAUUGUGUGUGUGUGUGUGUGUGUGUGGGGGGGGGGGGGGGUUCAGUAUGAGUCCAAAGUAUAAUUUUUUACCAAGUUAUUUCAUGUUAAAUACCAGGUAACCUUUUUCUGCGAAUACUCUGUACAGUACAUCCCUUUUGGCCGGCCUCGAGGGAAUACCCUGCAGUGUGCGCUUAUCCCAACCUCUGAGAAAGUCCAUCAGCAAAUGAACGUCCUACAGUGGGGAUGAAAUCCAUGUGCCAAAUCACCCUUUAGAAAUACUUUUACCGUGAUUGGUUUACAAACAAAGGGACAUUGGAUGUGAUUGGCUUUGGGUGACAUGGGGGGUUUGAUCAAAUCUACAAUUUAAAGGGGAAGUCAAGCCGAGGGUUAUAUUGUGACAUUUUGCUCCUCACCUCAAGGAAAUGUGAUGCGGCCAACCUUUUCAUUGUUGAACCUAAAGCUUCAGCCAACAUCUGCUAAUGGACUUUAUGAUGACAGUGGGUUAUGAUCCUGCCCCUUCCUCUGCGCUUAAUGUAAUUCAAUUGCGUAAUAUGCUUAUAAUGGGGAUUAUUCUUCAGUGGGGAGAAAAUGUAUGUGUAAAAUAUACUAUGUAUCGUUGCACUGCGGAGAUACAGGAAUAAAUCCAAAAUGCAAAAGGGGGAGUGGUUAGAUAAAUGGUUAUAUGGCUUUAGACUCUUAGGUGAGGGCCUGUAGUUGAUCUGUCUAUUAGGUUAAACAUUGUUUGCUACUGCAUUCUAGAAAACAGCAUUCUAGAUCAAACCCAGUAGUGAUGCGUGGGGAAAAUCAAUGGGGAAGCCAAGCCAGGCUUUUUAGCUAUAACCCGUUAGUUCAUAUGCCACCAUCAUAUAUAAGGCCGAGACAACAAGAAGACAACAGACACAUAGUGGCAGAAUAAAUUCAUCGCAAAACCGGAGUCCACAAAGCAUAUUUCAUGUAACAAACAGUUAAAUGACCUACAGCAUGGUCAAGCAAGUUAAUGUUUCUGACAUUUUCGGACUGCUAAACAACUAUUGAUUUGGAACCACAGAGAGUUACUGCAAGUGGCAAAGAAAACAGAAUCUGCCUCUGCUAUUCCAGCACCAUUUAAAGUUCAACAUUUUAAAGUAAUCUAAUCACCUAUGCUUAGUCUAAUACAGUGACAACUUAAAGAUAUCUGAAUGGAAUAAUUGGAAAUUAGUAGUUUUGACUGUAUUGUUCAGGAGCUGAUCAUUUUACAACCAAAUAAUGGUUAAAUGUAUUUCCCUUGAAAACGCUGUGUGUUUUCCUUGCCUCCAGCAGGCAAUUCGAACAUUCUGGACCUUACUGUUACGUUUAUUGAUAACAACCUAUGUAAUUGAAUUGCUCAUCAAAUGUAACAAUAGAGGCAUUUGUGACUUUACAGCAUGGUCAUCGGUAUCACAUUGUUUUGAUAGUCCCAAAUAGAUGGUUUGUAGAUGUUCAGUAGAUGUUCAACUAACUGUCAACAAAAUGUACAGUAACUAUCCACUAACCCUAACCCUAACCUUAGCCCUAACCCUUAUCCUAACCCUAUAAACGUAUCCUAGCCCUAACCUUUACCCUUACCUUCACCCUAACUGUGACCCUUGCAAGCAAUUGCAUAUCAACAGAUGUUCAGUUGAUAGUUUGUUGACAGUUUGAGCAGCAUAGACCAUAUCAAAAUAAAGUGUGACCUGGCCAUCUAAUGAAAACCUCGUCCUCAGACGAAUCCACAUCUCCAAGGCGUCCCUGGACUGUCUGAAUGGUGACUACGAGGUAGAGGAGGGCCAUGGCAAGGAACGCAACGAAUUCUUGCGCCGCCACAACAUCGAGACGUACCUGAUCAAGCAGCCCGAGGAGAGCCUGCUCACGCUGCCCGAGGACAUCAUGAAGGAGGCGACCAACACCGACCGACGUGUCAGCAGCGCCACCUUCAACCAGGGCUCCUGGAGUCCCGAGCUGCCCUUCGACAACAUCGUGGGCAAGCAGAAUGUAAGUCUUGACCGUUCCCUAACCGUGUUCGUGUUUGUGGGAAUUUCUGUAUCAGUUUGUUAGUCUGCCUUUUUUGUCUGUGAGUGUGAGCGAGCAGAAUGCAUGUGACCCUGUGGUGGUAGCCAUUAGGGAUGUGACAAAUGUAAAAAAAUAUCUUAACUUUUAAACUGCCAUAUAUAUUUUUUCUAAUGUUUUAAAAACAAACAUAAAAUGACGUGAGUUCACAAUUCAGAUUUUGUUCUGUGUAUGACUGCUAGUGGGCAAUGCAGUUCAAUUUACUGUAAUCGGAGCUCCAGAGUGGCGCAGCGGUCUAAGGCACUGCAUCUCAGUGCUAGAGGCAUCACUACAGACCCUGGUUCGAUUCCAGUCAAAACUGUAACUCGGCCACUCAGGAAUAUUCACUGUCUUCUUGGUAAGCAACUCUAGUGUAGAUUGUGUUUUAGGUUAUUGUCCUGCUCAAAGGUGAAUUAUUCGCCCAGUGUCUGGUGGAAAGCAGACUGAACCAGGUUUUCCUCUAGCAUUUUGCCUGUGCUUAUCUCCAUUCUGUUUCUAUUUUAUCCUGAAAAACUCCCCAGUCCUUAACGAUUACAAGUAUACCCAUAAACUGAUGCAGCCAUCACUAUGCUUGAAAAUAUGGAGAGUGGAAUUAAGUAAUGUGUUGUAUUGGAUUUGCCCCAAACAUAACACUUUGUAAAGUGAAUUACUUUGCCACAUUUUUUGCAGUAUUACUUUAGUUCCUUGUUGCAUGUUUUGGAAUAUUUUUAUUCUGUACAGGCUUCCUUCUUUUCACUCCAUCAAUUAAGUUAGUAUUGUGGAGUAACUACAAUGUUGUUGAUCCAUCCUCAGUGUUCUCCUAUCACAGCCAUUAAACUCUGUAACUGUUUUAAAGUCACCAUUGGCCUCUUGGUGGAAUCCCUGAGUGGUUUCCUUCCUGAGUUAGGAAGGACACCUGUAUCUUUGUAGUGACUGGUUGUAUUGAUACACCAUCCAAAGUAUAAUUAAUAACUUCCCCCAUGCUCAAAGGGAUAUUCAAUGCUAUUCGCUGUUUAUUAUCUAUGUAUAGUCACUUUACCCCUACCUACAUGUACAUAUUACCUCAAUUACCUCGACUAACCUGUACCUCCGCACAUUGAUUCGGUACCGGUACCCCCUGUAUAUAGCCUCGUUAUUGUUAUUUUAUUGUUGCUCAUUUAUUCUUUACUUUAGUUUAUUUAGUAAAUAUAUUCUUAACUCUUAUUUUUCUUAAAACUGCAUUGUUGGGUAAGGGCUUGUAAGUAAGCAUUUCACGGAAAAGUCUACACCUGUUGUAAACGUGACAAAUACAAUUUGAUUUGAUUUGAGUUGACUUGUUAAGCACAUUUGUACUCCUGCCUUAACAAAGGGGUUGAAAACGUAUUGACUCAAUACAUUUCAGCUUUAAUUUUUUUUAUUAAUUUGUAACAAUUUCUAAAAACAUAAUUCCACUUUGACGUUAUGGGACCUGUCUGUAGGCCAGUGACACAAAAUCUCAAUUUAAUCAAUUUUAAAUUCAGGCUGCAACACAACAAAAUGUGGAAAAAGUUAAGAGUGUGAAUACUUUCUGAAUGCACUGUAUGUGGUGGUACAUAUGACCAUGUGGUGCUAGCCAUGUAUUGUGGGAACUUGUUUAUGAGAAUGGACAGACAUAAUGAAAGUGAACUGCUGGACCGUGUGGCUUUAGCCAUGAAUUGCAUCAUCUGUCUGCCUGCUUGUGUGUGUGUGAGAAUGAAUCACCAGAAUGUAAGUGGACCAUGUGACCAUAUCAGUGUGAGAGUGAACAGGCGAGAAAUGUGAUUUAACCACAACCUUUGACAAUUUUGGCAGUGUAUUUUGACCGUGUGUUAUUUUUGUCGGAAUCGGUAAUUUUUUUGCCUCUGAGAAUAUGCUCCACAAUGUCACAAUCAGUCUCAGCUCGAUAUGUAUCCAGAUAUUAAUAUUAUAAUGAGUGUUGAAUUCAGUCGAACGAGAAUGGAGUGUCAGUAAUAUGCCUCUGGCACGAUCUUGUUGGUCCUGGAGGGUGCUCUGUCUGAUUGGAUCGUUCCAGGCAGUUUUUGUCCUAACUCAUAUUAAAUGAGUAAUACCCUAUGGAGGUUCACCUGGCUGUAACUCAAUGCUGGAGUUCGAGUAUGUCAUGUUUUCGGUUGACUGGCCCCUUUGUUGCAUGAAUAAUGAAGAAGAUUGCAAAACUUUAAUCCAGCAACGCCACACACACACACAAACACACACACACAUUACACACAUACAGACAUGUUACCAUACAUAUUCAUCUCUCAUAUUCAAGCAGUGUUGGCAUUGUGGGGAUCUGUUUCAGUGCAUGUGCUUUGGAGUUGUCUGCCACUGGCAGUUUCACAUUUAACAUUUAAGUCAUUUAGCAGACGCUCUUAUCCAGAGCGACUUACAAAUUGGUGCAUUCAAUUUAGGAUAGCCAGUGGGACAACCACUCCUUUUCUUCUUCUUUUUAUGGGGGGGUGGGGAGGGUGGGGGUAGAAGGAUUACUGUUAUACUAUUCCAGGUAUUCCUUAAAGAGGUAGGGUUUCAAGUGUCUCCGGAAGGUGGUCAGUGACUCCGCUGUCCUGGCGUCGUGGGGGAGCUUGUUCCACCAUUGGGGUGCCAGAGCAGCGAAUAGCUUUGACUGGGCUGAGCGGGAACUGUGCUUCCGUAGAGGUAGAGGGGCUAGCAGGCCAGAGGUGGAUCAACGUAGUGCCCUCGUUUGGGUGUAGGGUCUGUUCAGAGCCUGAAGGUAAGGAGUUGCCGUUCCCCUCACAGCUCCGUAGGCAAGCACCAUGGUUUUGUAGUAGAUGCGAGCUUCAACUGGAAGCCAGUGGAGUGUGCGGAGGAGCGGGGUGACAUGAGAGAACUUGGGAAGGUUCACUGGCUCUGUGACAGAUCUGUAAAAGGGACGUUCCAUCAUGUUUACACAAUCUCUGAUGUCACUCGGGGCGUGGCUAGUCACAAUGCAUAGUUUAUAUGAAAAACUAUUAUCUCAUUAAAGACUAAAAUCACAUUCCUAUCUUCACCAAAAUACUCUCAUACUUAAUCAUAUAUUUUAUACAACAUUUAGAUGUAAACUUGAUAGAUAGAAUAUGUACACUUUCCGAGUUACAGUUGUUACUUGAUACCAUCCUUAAUGACAUCACAAAAUAAUAAACAAUAUGACAUCAAGCUUCUUUAGAUCCCCAAUGACCAUUUCCCACAUUCUUUUAAGCAGGAAUUUUGUUUCAUUAUCCACUUUUGGAUGUUGGAGUCUUGGUGGGAAGACUUCCUUUGUCUCACAGGGCAAUUCUUUCUUCCCAUACUAGAGACCAAAAGGAGUCCUUUUCUGCAAACUAUUUGUAACCGGCUGUUAGGUCAUAAAACUGGCCCCCAGGAAAGGGGGUGUCCAAACCUUUGCCUGGCAGGAAUGUUUGUCAUGACAGCCCAUUGAAUGUACAACUUCUAUACGCCAUAUUAUAUUCUUCAACAGUGACUUUACUUCAAAGUACUGUACUGUACCUCUGUGGAGGUGGCUUUUAUGAUGUAACCAUCAUGGCUGCAUUUGAAUUCAAUGGAAUGUUAUUUUUGAUAAGAUCCGACUCCUUUGUUUCUCGCAAAAUGAGACGCUGUCAGGACGGUCGUUUGAAAAGGCUCUGUCAUUGCUAAUCAAAGGCUCUUCUGUGGCAACUUGACGUGUCUUUUAUGUUGUCACUUCUCCCGCUUUGGACUGAAGUUUUCCCUCUCAUGUGCUUUUAUCCUCUGGGCUCUCACCCCCUCUUCCUCCGUUAGUUUGUCUGAUUCUGUUUUCAGCGUGGUUGGGUUGAGAGUCUGAGCUCGCUGAACAUGCUGCUGGGGAAAGAACGUGUGUGUUUGUGCGCGCGCACGCGCGAGUACAUGUUCUCUUGA